AUGAACCUGCUCCUGGCGUGCCUUCGGGAAGGCAAAUUGCCUCACGGCUCGUUUCAGUUUGUCGCUGGGAAUUUCGGCGUCACUCGCUUCACGAUCCGCUUGAUCUGGCUACGCGCACAGGUCGACUUGAACAAUGACCAGCGCAUCUGCGUAAGCGUAGCGUCACAAAAGGUUAAGUGUGGACGUAAAUUGAAACAUGAUGACAUUUCUUCUCGACUUAAGGAGCUGUCAAAAACCUCACGCACAACGAUGCGCGCCGUCGCCGCUGGACUUGGCAUCCCCACGACAGCCCUCCACGCGUACUACAAGCGUGGCGCCAUCGUCAAGUACUCCAGCUACGUCAAGCCCGCGCUGACGGAUGCCAACAAGGUUGCGCGUCUGAAGUGGGCUCUCGACCACGUCAUCGGCGGCUCGUCGCUGCACUUCAAGAACCUUAUGGACACCCGCACGUUGUACUUGGCUCCUGGGGAGAAGCCACCUCAUAGGCAGUGCAAGUCCAAACGCUUCAUCACGAAGGUGAUGUUUUUGUCGGCUGUGGCGCGUCCGCGGUGGAACAACAACACCGGCGAGUGGUUCGACGGGAAGCUCGGGACAUGGCACUUCACCGAGAUGGCUCCUGUAAUGCGCUCCAGCCGCAAUCGUCCUGCAGGCACGAUGGAGUUGAAAACGAAGAACGUCGACAAGACAGCGUACCGUCAAAUGCUCGUCUACAACGCGAUUCCAGCAAUCCGAGCGAAAUUGCCGGCUGGAGAAACGAAGUGCGUGAAGAUCCAACAAGACAACGCGAGACCGCAUGUGUCCGCCAAGGACCCAACUGUGGCUGCAGCGUACAAGGCCGAUGCGUGGGAUAUGGAGAUUGUGUGCCAGCCACCGAACUCACCCGACAUGAAUGUGUUGGAUCUAGGAUUCUUCCGCGCCAUUCAGACCCUACAAGAGCGUCACAACUGUCUGACGGUGCAAGACGUUGUGGCCGCCACAGAGGCUGCGUGUAACGAAGUCAGCAUGGAGACGCUGGACAGCAACUUCAUGACGCUGCAGUCGUGCCUACAAGAAGUGAUUAAGGCUACUGGUGACAACAACUACAAGAUCCCACACAUGGGAAAGAAGAAGUUGGCCUUAGCCGGAAAGCUGCCCGAGACUAUCGCAUGCGACCCUACUUUGUUGAAUAGAGACUUUUAG